AAAACACAAUCUCUUCUGCGCUUCUCUUCCUGCACCCCACCAGAUCUUCUUUCCUACUCCGCGCUUCUUCCGUCCUUUUUCUUGCUUACCCUGUUUCUCCUCCUCUCCUUUGUUUCCAAUAAACUCGUUAAGUCCCUCCUAUGUUCAUGAAGCCCUAGUCCUCAGCUCGAUAUUAUCGAAUAAGGGAUUUGGAAUAACAGUUGCAAUGUAUGCUAGGAGAAUAAGGUGUAGAAGAAACCAGAGAUUGGGUUUGUUGUUUCAACAAUCCAAAUAUUUUAGUAGGCUGCAUUCCCAGGAUUAUGCUUGUUCCCAGGAUUAUGCUUGUUCCCAAUGCUUAAUUCGUACUACUGUAGUGGGGAACUGGUCUUCAAGUGGUGGUGUGAUCACAAAAUGUGUUUUAGAUUCAUUUUCAGCUCAAGGCAUUGUUCCCAGGAAUACUUAUUCAGGUUUGCAUGGGAGGUCUAUCACUGCAACCUCUUUAAGAAGCAAUCAGUUACGUGCAUAUAGUUCUGAAGGUGAUGGAAGGAAUGCUAGUGAGGAUAACUGUAGACCUGUGAAUGAUGGGUCUAACAUUGAUAAGGGAAAAAAUCUACUAGAAGUGGUCAAGGAAGAUGUGAGACCUUGUGAUGCACAUGCUAGACUUGGGGAGCAAGAUCAAAAGGAAUGGCUCAAGAAUGAGAAGCUUUCCAUUGAGAGUAGAAAGAAGGAAUCACCAUUUUUGAGCAGGCAUGAAAAGUUCAAAAACGAAUUCUUGCGUCGGGUCGUACCUUGGGAGAAAAUACAUGUUUCAUGGGAAACAUUUCCUUAUUAUGUUCAUGAGCAUACCAAAAAUCUUUUGGUGGAAUGUGUUGCUUCCCAUUUGAAACACAGAAGGUCUGCCACCUCCUUUGGUGCUCGGUUGACAUCUUCAAGUGGGAGAAUACUGAUUCAGAGUGUUCCAGGCACUGAGCUUUAUCAUGAGAGAUUAGUUAGAGCACUUGCACGGGAUUUACAAGUGCCCCUUUUGGUGCUUGAGAGCAGUGUUCUCGCUCCUUAUGAUUUUAGUGAUGAUGGUUCGUCUGAGGGUGAAUCAGAUGAUGAUAGCGUGGAAUCUGGGGAGGAGUGUACUGACUCAGAGAUUGACGAUGAGAAUGAAGAGUGGACGAGCAGUAAUGACACAAAAACUGAAUGUAGUGAUGAUGAUGAUGAAGUUGAUGUACAGGCAACUGCUGAAGCAGCCCUUAAGAAACUUGUUCCCUACAGCCUUGAAGAAUUUGAGAAGAGGAUCAGUGGAGAAUCUGAGAGUUGCACUGUGUCCUCAAAGUCUGAGGAUGUUGAAUCAUGUGAUAAAACCAAGCGGUCACUUAAAAAAGGGGACCGGGUAAAAUACAUUGGUCUGAACAAGCAAAGAGAAGAUAAUAAUAGGAUCAUAUUGGGGAAGAUACCAACUUCUGGUGGUCCAACAAAUGUUUAUACCAGUAUCCAUGGCAGGCCAUUGUCUACCGGUCAACGUGGGGAGGUAUAUGAGGUGGAUGGAGACAGAGUAGCUGUUAUUUUUGAUAUUGGUAGUGACACCAAAGCAAAAGAAGAAGAGACAAAUGAGAAACUCACAGAGCAGUCUGCAAAACCUCCGCUACACUGGAUAAAUGUUAAUGACAUUGAGCCUGAUUUGGAUUUCCAGGCAGAGGACUGCUACAUUGCCAUGGAGGCUUUGUGCGAGGUGUUGAAUUCUGUGCAACCUCUCAUUGUCUAUUUUCCAGAUUCUUCAGAAUGGUUGUCAAGGGCAGUUUCAAAGUCAAACCGUAAGGAGUUUGUCCACAGAGUUAGAGAAAUGUUUGACCAAUUAUCUGGUCCUGUUGUCCUGAUUUGUGGUCAGAAUAAAGUUGAAACUGGGUCAAGGGAGAAAGAAAAAUUUCAGACGAUGAUUCUCCCAAAUUUGGGUCACCUUGCGAAGCUGCCUCUUCCUUUGAGGCGCCUUACUGAGGGACUUAAAGCGACAUGGAGGUCUGAUGACAAUGAAAUACAUAAACUCUUUACUAACGUUCUGUGUCUAUAUCCUCCAAAGGAAGAAGAACUGCUCAGAAUAUUUAAUAAACAACUUGAAGAGGACAGGAAAAUUGUGAUAUUGCGGAGUAAUAUAUAUGAAUUACAUAAGGUUCUUGAAGAUAAUGAGCUAUUGUGCGUGGACCUAUUGCAUGUAAAUUCUGAUGGAGUGAUAUUGACAAAGCAGAAAACUGAAAAAGUUGUUGGUUGGGCUAAAAAUCAUUAUUUAUCAUCUUGUGAGCAACCUUCAAUAAAAGGGGAUAGACUUUAUCUGCCUCGUCAAAGCCUUGAAAUUGCAAUUUUAAGGUUGAAAGAGCAAGAAACAAUAUCAAGAAAACCAUCUCAAAACUUGAAGAACCUUGCAAAGGAUGAGUAUGAAAGCAACUUUGUCUCAGCAGUGGUACCUCCUGGUGAAAUUGGUGUCAAGUUUGAUGAUGUAGGUGCUCUUGAAGAUGUGAAGAAGGCAUUGAAUGAACUUGUCAUUCUUCCAAUGCGGAGACCAGCACUCUUUUCUGAAGGGAAUUUAUUGAGGCCUUGCAAAGGAAUUUUACUUUUUGGCCCACCUGGAACGGGGAAAACACUUCUUGCCAAGGCACUUGCAACAGAAGCUGGGGCUAACUUUAUUAGUAUAACUGGUUCAACUCUCACUUCAAAGUGGUUUGGAGAUGCUGAAAAGCUUACCAAGGCUCUCUUUUCCUUUGCCAGCAAGCUGGCCCCAGUUAUUAUAUUUGUUGAUGAGGUUGAUAGUUUGCUGGGUGCUCGUGGUGGUGCUUUUGAACAUGAGGCAACUAGAAGAAUGAGAAAUGAAUUCAUGGCAGCCUGGGAUGGACUGAGGUCAAAAGACAGCCAAAGAAUCCUCAUUCUUGGUGCCACAAAUCGUCCAUUUGACCUUGAUGAUGCUGUGAUUCGCCGUUUACCAAGAAGGAUAUAUGUUGACCUUCCAGAUGCUGGAAAUCGUCUGAAGAUACUGAGAAUAAUUCUUGCACAAGAGAAUUUAGAAUCUCAUUUCCCUUUUGAAAAACUUGCAAAUGAAACUGAGGGAUAUUCUGGCAGUGAUUUGAAGAACCUCUGUAUAGCUGCAGCAUACAGGCCUGUGCAAGAAAUUUUAGAAGAAGAAAAGCAGAAAGGCAGAGAUGGUGCACCACCAGUAUUAAGACCUCUUUCUUUGGAUGAUUUUAUUCACUCAAAAGCCAAGGUGGGCCCCUCUGUUGCUUAUGAUGCUGCAAGCAUGAAUGAGCUGAGGAAAUGGAAUGAACAAUAUGGAGAAGGUGGAAGCAGAAGAAAAUCACCAUUUGGCUUCUGAGACAAAUGUUGCAGAUUAGUCGGUAAACUCAUUCGAAAGAGGUUGCUUGGCCCACACCCCAUAGUACUGGACUUCCGAAUCCCUCAUCCUUGUUGAGCGGAUGUGAGAAAAGUCUUUGCCAAACAUCACUUGACGAGGCAAAAAUGCAUAAUGUUGUCAUAGGCGAACAUGUCAUGCAAGGAAGAGAGAAGGUGGCCUCACUGAAAUUUUUGUUGGAGAUACUAAAGAAAUGUUUUUUCCUCAUAGAUGUCUUUUAUUUUCUUCCCAUAUGAAAUAUACACUAAAGCACAAAGCCGAAUUUGAACUCAUAACUUCAAUGCUGUGGGGCCACACAUUUUCUACAAUCGGUCUUAUUGGCUAUAUAUAGGUGUAUUAUUUACAAUAAUAUUAAUUAUAAUCCCAAGGAUAUCAACUUUCGU